UCCAGGAAGCAGCUGGGAGAAUGCUGCCCCAAGAAAUCCUCUCUCUGCUCACGCUCUUCUGUGUUCUCGGGGCUUCUGGCUCCCCUCUGGACGAAGACAACGACUACGACCUCAUGUACGUGAACCUGGAUAACGAGAUUGAGGCUCCAGCCCCUGCUGCCGAGGAAACUGCUUCGUGCGACUGCCAGCGGGAGCACACCAAGUGGGACAAGCUGUUCAUCAUGCUGGAGAACUCGCAGAUGAAGGAGAACAUGAUGCUGCAGGCGGUGGACGAGCUCCCCAGGCUGGACCUGCAGACCCUGAGGGCAGAGCUGACCCAGCUCACCACCGACCUCGCGGGCUCCUUCGCCGCCACCCUCGACAAAGUCGCCUCCCACAUCGUGUCCCAGGUAGAGCAGGUGCUUGUGAGGACCAGGGACCGAGCUGAAGAGGCCAAGAGGCUUCAGGAGUGCGAGCAGGGAAAGGUGGUGGAGCACGUUCUGCAGCUGAGCCACAACCUGUCCGUGAAGCUGGGCUGGCUGGAGAGCGCCUGGCUGAGCAGGGCUGAGGAGCAGGAGACAGCUCUGCAGCAGGAUAAACUGGAUGCCACCAGAGGGGACAACCUCAUCCUGACCUCGCUGUGGAAGGAGCUGCAGCAGACCCGGGCGGAGCUGAAGGUGUCGCAGCAAUGGGCAGCUCAGCGCCUGCUGCCAGCAGGCUGCGAAACCGCCCUCCUGUUCCCCAUGCGCUCCAGGAAGAUAUUUGGGAGCGUCCACCCGACCGCCGGGAUGACCCUGCGCUCCUUCACCGCCUGCGUGUGGAUCAGGGUGACAGAGGCUCUGGACAAAACCAUCGUCUUCUCCUACGGCACCAGGUUCAACCCCUACGAGAUGCAGCUGUACCUCGGCCGGGGCUCGGCGGUGCUCGCCGUGGGGGGCGGCCAGCACAGGGUGGCCGCCCCAAACGCGGUCGUUCCCGGCGAGUGGGUCCACCUGUGCGGCACGUGGAGCUCGGAGAACGGCUCAGCGGCCCUGUGGGUGCAGGGGCAGCUGGCAGCCAGCGCCCUGGACGUCGCCAGCGCUCACACCAUUCCCGACGGGGGCAUCCUGCAGCUCGGGCAGGAGAAGAACGGCUGCUGCGUCGGGGGGGGCUUCGACGAAGCUUUGGCCUUCUCUGGCAAACUGACUGGGUUCAACCUGUGGGACAGGGUGCUCAGCGCCCCGGAGAUCGCGGCACAGAGCGGGGAGGGCUCCUGUGGCACCAGGGGCAACGUGGUGGGGUGGGGGGUCACGGAGGUGCUGCCCCACGGAGGAGCCCAGUACGUGUCCUAA